AUGUAUCGAAACUCCAAGAAUGGAACAUCGAAAGCUUCAGUGUUACUGUGUUACGAAUGCGGUGAUAUGUUCACAUCGAAAUUGUCUUAUGAAGAACAUAUUCUAGUUCAUCAAGCUGUUAGUCUAUGCCAGCAAAUUUAUGAAUUUGAAACAAAAGGAUUCUCCUUUGAGGUUCCAAAAACUCUUCAAGUGAAUAUAUCUGAGAAAGAUGAUUCGAAAUCACGGAAAGAAUCGACGUCAAGUGUUGAACGACGUCAUUCAACAAAUCGUUCAUUGAUUUCACCUUCGAGCAGUUCGAAAGCAGCAGUCUCGUUAAGACGAAAUAUUGUUGGCACAGCUGCCGCAACGUCCAGAAAGCGUUCAAUUGAAGUGCCAAAAAAGCGAAGAAUGAACGAUCCGUCAACCAAUUCACUGGUUUCCAUAUCGUCAAAGAAGCGAAACUCAAAUAAGUUGAAAUUGAAAAUACCAUCGAAGUUAUCGCCAUCUGGUGUUGAUGAAACAAGUAAGCACCAUGCUGCUACCAGUGGCACCUCAUCCAGAACGACUCACUCCUCAACCACAACUACAUCGUCAUCUUCUUCCCCUAACCCGUUGAAACCUUCAACAAAAUCUACAGCGAAGGAGGAAAUGUUCAGCGACGGUCGCAGUGCUGAAAGACGGCAUCACGAGUCAUCGGAGAGCACCUCAACGAUCGACUCUCCCAACGAACGACGAUCACUCGAAUCGGAUUCAAACACAAAGCACUACGAAGCCAGCGAGCAGGAUUCGGCGAAGUCAUCUUCAGUGCAAUCCGAAAGUGAACGCGGUCGCCUCUCUUCAUCUGACAAUACUUCGAAACAAUCGUCGAAGUCGGCUUUAACUGCAUAUGAGAAAUCUCAAGAAAGCGCUUCAAAGGGUCUGAAGCAAGCAAUAUCAAGUGCCGAACAACAUUCGACCGAUCCGAAUGCAGACUCGUCAUCAAACGUGAACGCAUCGAAAAGCAAUCAAAUUGAUGCAGUCAAGAAAUUGGCCUCAGAAACAGCUCAGAAUCGUGCUUCAUCACCGAUGGUAUCCGGACAGAAAUGUCUUCUCUGUGAGUAUCGCUGCAGUCAAGGAUGGGAGAUGGUCGAACACAUUGUUCGUGUACAUAAAGUAUCAAUUGCUAUGGUUGAGAGGACGGCCUUCAUUGAUGGUCAGUGGACAUCAAAAGAGCCGUUGAAAUCCGCAGAGGAAUGUGAUUAUUGCAAUCGGACGUUCUCGGAAUCGACCGACUGUUAUUUACAUAUAAUCGUGUGUCAUCGCACUUCUCUGUUCACACCGAAUGCAAAACGUUUGAAUUGUGUGGUACAUAUGGCGCAUCCGAAUCUGCCAGUUCAGCGCAUUAAUAUCACAAUGAGAAGGCCAUAA